AUGAACCUUUUGGCAUACUACUUCCUUACCCUGCUCUGCCACGUCUUUGUGGUGGCAUCAGGUCUUGAUUCUUUCUCUUCCUCUCGUUCCAAUUGUCAUAUUUCUAACUCGAUCCCCGGCCAGAUAACACCCGGCAGCAUAAUCAGCGAUGCCUGUGUUACGUACUCCAAUCUAGAGGAGCUCAAUACUCGAGUCAAGCCCACGAUUGACGACCUCAUUCGGAAUACCGACUUCUUUUCCCAUUAUCGCCUUCCUCUAUAUAGCAAGACUUGCCCAUUCUGGAAUGACGACAAUGGCAUAUGUGGCAACUACGCAUGUGCCGUUAGUACCAUCGACGACGAGAAGGAUAUCCCCCUAGCAUGGCGCGCCGACGAGCUGAGUAAGCUCCAAGGACCCAAGGCUGAGCAUCCGGGCAAGAAGGCACAAAAGGAGCGCCCCCAGAGACCCCUUCAGGGCUCUCUCGGCGAGGACGUAGGGGAGAGCUGUGUGGUCGAGUAUGACGACGAGUGCGACGAGCGUGACUACUGCGUUCCCGAAGACGAGAGCGCAGGCGCCAAGGGUGUCUAUGUAUCCCUGGUGCAGAACCCGGAGCGCUUCACAGGCUAUGGCGGCGAGAGCGCAAAGAUGGUUUGGGACGCCAUCUAUCGAGAAAAUUGCUUCAACAAGGCCUCGUUUCCUGAAUCUGCUGGGUUGGGCAUGUCUUCCUCCAAUUCCAUGGGACCUGCUGCGCAAGACUUUAGAGCAGUGCUGCAGAAUGUUGGCAGGCAGCAGGCCUUGACGCAGACCGAGAGCUCGCUUGCACCAAUGACCACCGUGGAGGAUGAAUGUCUGGAGAAGCGCGUCUUCUUCCGUGUUGUCUCGGGCAUGCACGCCAGCAUCAGCACCCACAUUUGCUGGGAUUAUCUAAACCAGACAAGUGGCGAGUGGCAACACAACUUGCAGUGUUAUGAGGAUCGAAUCCAUACUCACCCUGAGCGCAUCUCGAAUCUGUACUUUAACUACGCCUUAAUCACACGCGCCAUCAGUAAGAUCGGUCCCUAUCUGGAGGACUAUACCUUCUGCACAGGCGAUCCAUCUCAGGACAAUGCGACGAAAGCCAAGGUUGCCGCCGUGGUACAAGCCGCUCUCAAGCAGCCAGAGAUCUUUGACGAGAGUCUAAUGUUCAAGAAUGGCGAAGGGCCCAGUCUGAAGCAGGAAUUCAAGGACAACUUCCGCAACAUUAGCCGGAUCAUGGACUGCGUGUCUUGCGACAAAUGCCGACUUUGGGGCAAACUCCAAGUCAAUGGUUAUGGAAGUGCUCUCAAGGUCCUUUUCGAAUUCGAUAAUCAAAGUGGCGAAAUUCCUGUCUUGUCGAGAACGGAGCUCGUAGCACUAUUCAACUUGUACGGCCGUUUGAGCAGUUCCGUCAACGCCAUUACGAAAUUCCGAGAAAUGCUAGAGGCCAAGACUGCUGCCGAGAAGCAUAUCGAACAGGCAGCCAAGCCAGAUACCAUACCUGAUCGUGCCAAGAAACCUCAUGCCGUCAAGCUUGACGAGGUUCAAUCCAACACGCAGCCCAAGAAAGCUGCGAAAGAGGCAACUGAAACAAACCCAGAUGAAUGGGCUGGCUAUGAUGCUACUGCUUCUCCGGGUUCUCGCCAGACCAGAAAACCCAAGCAGCAGGGAUCUCUCGGGGACAGCGUCAUGGAUGAGUACACGCGGGUCAUGGCAGUCUUCAAAUAUGUCAUGUCCUCUUUUGUGUUCCUUCCAAAGUUUUGCUGGUAUUCCUUUCUAUACGAAGCCGAUCGAGCGUACAGAUACUAUGUCGGAUUGUACCUGCCACCUCGAGAACCAUAUUUCAUUUGGCCUGACCUUCAAGACAUUGUGGGUGGGAACGUGGCUCAGCCGCAAGCGCCCGGCCGUGAGCGAGAGCUAUGA